CGCAGCUGCUGGAAGGUGCGCGUUGCAAACCUCUGCAGAUGGCAAAUAUGCCCUGCUCUGAAGUUACAACGCUGGAAAAUGAAUCGACUUCCCCGGCGAAACGCAGCAGGACGGAGGAUGCAGCCGGAGGGAGAUUCGUGCUGAAAUUCGCCCGGUUGUCCGAAAACGCCACAAUCCCGACGAGAGGCUCCACCAGAGCUGCCGGGACUUGUCUGAAUAGCGCCUAUGAAUAUGCCCUGGCGCCGAUGGACAAAGCGUUGGUGAAGACGGACAUCCAGAUCGCCGUCCCCCCGGGCUGUUACGGUCGGGUCGCUCCGCGCUCUGGUUUGGCGGCGAAAAACUUCAUAGAUGUCGGAGCCGGCGUGGUGGACGACAGGGGCAUCGUGCUCUUCAAUUUCGGGAAGGAGACCUUUCAAGUGAAGAAAGGCGACCGUGUAGCACAGCUGAUCUGUGAGAGAAUCUGCUACCCGGAGCUAGAGGAACAUGAGAGCCUGGACGAAACUGCGAGGGGGGCCGGUGGCUUUGGAUCGACGGGUAGAAACUGAAAGUGUGUUUUUUUUUUUUUUUUUUUUU